UGCGUCACUAGACCGUAGAUUUCACUGCUGUAGAGCGAAGCUGUGAAGGCUAGCCUGUCUCCCCACAAAUAGUCGCACCAGACUUUUAGUGCAACAAGGUUUUGUCUUAAUUUACGGAUGGUGAACUUUUCUGUGGAGUUUUUAUCCAACAGUAAUAGUUUUAGUUGUGAAAAAGGACCUAAAGAUCCGUGUUUCCUCGAAGCUAUCAUGCUGAACACCGAGGAAAGUUCCUGGUUAGCGGGGUCUCGGCUGCCCAGCUCCAUCCCUCAGUCUCCGGGGCCUCUGUGGUGCUCCGAUGCCCCUCACCCACAACUGAAGAUCCCGGGUGGGCGAGGGACUGUCAGGGAUCACUCUCUCGGCGUGCUACUACACAAGGAUGAGAAGUUAACAGUGACACAGGCCGCUCCAGUGGGUGGGAACCCCUCUCUUCUCUGCUUCCACUACCAGCUGACUGAGCGCCGCUCGGCCUUCUGGGAUACGGCUCUAUCAGAAGACAGCCUCUUCCUGGAGAUCCCUGCUGGGGUGCUGGUGGAGGGGAGCAAAGAGGGGCUAACUGCUCUGCUCGAGUUUGCAGAAGAGAAGCUCAAAGUCAACUAUGUGUUCCUGUGGUUCCAUAAAAGCAGAGAGGAUCGAUUGUCAAUCAUCAAGACGUUCCACUACAUGGGCUUUGAGAUGGUGGAGCCGGGCAACCCCAUGGUACCGGCCCGGCCUGAUCUGGCCUUCAUGGUUUACUCUCUGGACAACAGCAGCUCAGACGAGGAGUGACUGCCACACCGUCUCCUGACACCUCCCUCUCCCACCCUUACCCCCUCCCUUCCCUCCCUCCCUCCCCCUUACACCUUCUGCCCAUUUUCUUCCUCAAGCAGUCAAACCCGCCUCAACUCUCACUCUGAGGCAAACCUCCCUCCCAAAAAUCUUCAUUACUGAAUGGAAGGGGUGUCACUUUUUUUUUUUUUAUAGACUUGUGAUUUAAGGGGGUGUUUGGGAGUGGUAGGAUUUCCAUGUGACAUAGACACCCCCGCCUCCCCCCCCUUCCCCGAGGAUAACUGCAGAUUGGAGAAACAGGGAGUGGCGAACUAAGUCUUUACAUGCAUCGUGGGAUUUUGGCUUUUUUUUUUAUUUUUCCUGCUUAAUGAUUCGUCUCUUGGCCACAUUAUUUGUUUGUGCUGCCAUCAACAAGACAAACAAUCAGGAGAAGGUGGUGUUUUACAUUAAAAUUCAGCAUAUCUCUCCUCUGACAGCUUCAACCUUUUUAUAAGGAAAGAGCCUUUAGUUUGUCUUUGUGUGUUGUAUACCAUGCAAGCGGUGUUGGUAGGGGUAAAAAGAGGAAAUUAUGGGUUUGUUAUGGGCAAUAAAAUGUUGUUUUGCUUUAUAAAAUAGAUGGGUGAAAGCCUCAUCUGUUAAAUUUAACAUUAAAGCACAUGUAAACAUUUCUUUACACGUCUUCCUGAUAUAUGUUAAGACAUCAUUCCAGCACGUCAAUCACUCUGGAGUUUUAAAUUUUUUAGAUCUCGUCUGCCCAAAACAAUCUAGCCACAAAUCUGGAAAUACCCUGUUAGUCUCUUCAGACGUGUCAAAGCUAAGAAGCAGCCUGCGUGUUGAAUGUCGCAACAGGGUAGCUGCCAGCUCGCUGAGGCAAACAGCUUCUCUCCUCCUCGUCCUCUGCGUAAUAAUCAGCCGGCCAGGCUGAUGGUGUGAGUUACUGACGUGCUGGAGAGGAGGACGGCCUCACUGUUUCAUUUUGCACGUCACACACAGAAUCAAACGUAUACAAUAAUAUAAUAAUUGUUGGUGUAAGAUGGUCCGGUUUAAAGAGACGCUCCACCUACUGUUACUUUGCAUUAAAAUGUACCCAUGAUGUUUGAAACUAGCGAAGCUUUAGCCCCAGUCUGUGCCUCUGGUGUAUUUCCAUUACAUUCAAGUUACAGAGCUGAACAUUUGUUUUUUUGAAAAAUAAAUAGCCUGCGAUAGUUGUUUUAAACCACUUUCAGGAUUUUCAACACGUUGUUCUGAUGGUAUUUCCAGAAUCCUCAAAGACUCUUCUAACCAUCUGGAUGAAAAAAUAUUCAGUCUGUUUCACGAUAAAGAUUUUUAACCUGUUUCUCAACAGGUGCGGCUAAAUUUCCUAUCCAGGUAAAUUACAUUAUGUCCUUGCUUGUUCUGUACAACACAAAAAAGAGGUUUUUUGUAUAAAAUUGUACAUAAUACAAUUUAAGAUCAAUGUAGAUAAAUAUAACUGAUAACAGAACUGUUUUAUUUGUGUUUCAUGUUGUGAAAAUUUAGCACGGGAGUGAUGUCAUUUCCGGCUCCCAUCUUUGUUUAGAGAAGGAAAAAGAAGCACAACUUGGACUGGAAAUCUUUUUUUAACAAUCAGCAAACAAUAUUUUAACAAUAUUCUGGAAAUAUCUCUGAAAAGAGUUAAGUUUUGUUAAACAACCUGUGUAUUUAUUUAUGUUUGGAAAAAUGGAUUUUAGCACUGAGUGGAAUAAUGUUAGUAGGCCUAUGUGAGCGGCACAAACUGGGGCUAGUGAAGCUUCGUUGAGCCCUGUAGAGUCAUCAGUAGUGCUAUCCCCCACCUGUUGAAAGCUCGAUUUGAAAUGAGGCUUUUUGUGCCUAAAUAGGAGAGUGCAAUGUUAAUAUUUUUUUACUCUUGAGUCUUAUUGGGGAAUGUGUCCAUUUUCCAUAUUUCAUCCCAUGCAGAUUCAGACCCAUGCUAUGGGUGAGAAAAGGAGCUCGUCGUAGGGGCACGACAGGAGCACUUCAGGUGAUUACCAUAUAUGCAAUCAGAGUAAAAAACGCAGGAGGAAUCCUGUACAGGUUUUUUUUUGUUUGUUUGUUUGUUUUUAAGUUUUGUGACUUUUACAAACAAAACGCCAAAGAAUCCAUUCAGUCUGUAACAAGCUGUUAACUGAAAUUUUACGAAAUUUCGUGCUUUUCAAAAAUCAGCGCAUUUAAACCUAGUAUGGUAUGUAUAGCAAUAUUAACCUACAUUCCCCAUGCCAGCCAUACUACCUGUAACACCUCACAGAAACAUGAUCGUAGUCUGUUCCAUGUUGGUGUUGGGAUGGGGUGGGAGCCUUUUUCUUCUGCAUGUGUUCAGAUCAUACGAGUCUUCGUUGCUACUGAUUGAGCCCUGACUAUAAGCUGUUAGGAAAUGUCGAUUAUAUGAAUUUUCUCAGAGGUAUAUUUUUAUGUAUGUAUAUUUCUCAAAUGUUUACUGUGAUAGUUUAGGGAUUUAUUUUUUGUUCUCAGUGACAUAGUUAGCAACCAUUCGAUGACAAUCCACACUUGUAUACUCUGGAAGUUUUUGUCUUGGGGGGGAAAAAACAAUAAAACUUGUUAUCUAAA